AUGGCGGCGGCGGCGGCGGUGACUGCAACAAUGACAGUGGUAGUUGGUGAUAAUGGUGGUGAUGUGGUGGUGGUGGCGGCACUAAAAGGCUCUAGCACCCCUAAGAAGUCUUCAAAGGCUCAAAGCAAAGGAAAUGGAGAAUCAAUGGAGUUGUCAUUUGUAGGAGCAGACCAGUUGAUUUUGAUGGUGGAGAUUCAUAAGAAGAUAAUGGCAUUCAGGGACAUCAUGGACCUUGCUCCAUGUAACAGCUCUGCUUCCUUACGUGAGAUUGUUAUGAGAACCCUGCAAGAUAUCCAAAGGCUUUACCCAGGGAUCAUACCAAAAAGUGAAGUUUCAAAGAUAAAGGACAAGUCUAUAGAUCAGGCUAUGGCAUACUUCUGCGAGGCUUUGAAGUCUCUUGGAGAGUCAUGGAUGAUGAAUAAUGAUUGGAUGAACAAGCUCAAUAUUGUAUUACCAUCAUGCAAGGAUAGCAGCAAUAUGCGUCAACUUGGUGAAACUAUGUUGGCCACUCUAGAUUGUUUAAUGAAGUUGGAAAAUGAGAGGUUUGAUAUCAUGGAAGAAGAUGAACAAAAGAAAGAAUUCAGCCCAAUCUCUAGUUCUUUUGGAAAAUAUAUAAUGGGGUCCUACUCAUUUUCAGAAAGCAGCUUCUCAAGCUGUUCUUCUCCUGUUACACCUAGAUCAGUCCUUCCAGAAUUGAUGAAGUACUCUGCCAGAUCAGGAGAUAGUCCUAGAAGUUCUUGUGCCUCACCACUUCUUAUGUCUCUAAGAGUUCAAGCUGUUGGAAAGCUGAACCCAAUUGAUAUAAAGCGUUUGUCUUUCCAAAUGUCACCAACACAUAUCCACAAGAUAGAAGAGGAACCAACCAGGGAAAUGGAAGUGGAUGACAAGGCUACAAAUCCUGGAAAGGACUCAUCAGAAGAUCUAGUGUUUGAUUUGGACACAACAGAGGAAUCAGAUAGCACAAUUGAUAAUGUUCAUAAAAAAAAAUAUGAACCUCAAGCUAUGGAGGAAGUGGAGCUACCACUAUCUCCUAGACAACUUCAACCACAAUCUCCUAAACCAGCACCAACACCUUCUCUCUUUCGACAAGCACAAUUGAAUGUAUCAUCAUUACCUUCAAUUUCAAACCCACCCCCACCCCUUCCCACAACAUCCAUGAUUACACAGCCAAAAACUCUGCAACCCCCUCCUACACCAUCCAUUAUGAUACUUCCAAAAACUGUGACACAACCACCCCCACCACCUCCUGCACCAUCAAUGAUAAAAACUUUAUCACCCCCAGUACCAACACCACCUGUGCUGCAGCCAAAUGUGGCAGUGCCACCACCUCCACCUCCACCAUCAGCACCUAAAUUGGUGGAAAGUGCAGCAGUAGCAGUUAGGAUGCCUCCACCUCCACCACCACCAGGUUCAGCAACAACUGCUGCACCUCCACCACCCCCACCAUUGAUGUCCUUGAAAGGUGGAUCAAUUCCCGCGCCUCCACCGCCGGUGCCGCGUGGAAGUGGAGGUGCCCCACCACCACCACCUCCAGCAGCAGGGAGAUGCUUGCGCCCCAAGGCAACUACUAAAUUGAAAAGGUCAACACAAAUGGGCAAUCUGUAUCGAAAUCUUAAGGUUAAAGUUGAAGGGCCUAGCCUCAAUGGAAAAUCAUCUGCUGGGAAAAAAGGUGCAGUUGGAGGAGGAAGCACUGGAGGAAAACAAGGAAUGGCUGACGCUCUUGCAGAGAUGACAAAAAGAUCCUCUUACUUCCAACAAAUAGAAGAAGAUGUUCAAAAAUACACAAAACAAAUCAUAGAGCUGAGACCUAAGAUUUCAAAUUUCAACACAAAAGACAUGAAAGAAUUGAUCAAGUUCCACAAAGAUGUUGAAUCCGUUCUUGAGAAACUAACUGAUGAAUCACAGGUGCUAUCACGGUUUGAAGGUUUCCCCACAAAGAAGUUGGAAGCUUUAAGAAUGGCAGCAGCACUUUACAACAAGUUGGAUUCAAUACUCACUGAGCUUCAAAAUUGGAAAGUAGUAACUCCAACGGGUCAGCUCCUAGACAAGGCUGAACGUUAUGUCAACAAGAUUAAAACAGAAUUAGAUGCUUUGGAACGAACCAAAGAUGAAGAGUCCAAGAAAUUUAAGGGUCACAACAUCGAAUUUGACUUCCACAUUCUUAUAAAGAUCAAGGAAGCAAUGGUGGAUGUUUCCUCCAAUUGCAUGGAGUUAGCACUUAAGGAGACGCGUGACAAUGCUGCUAAGAAUGAUGCACAAAAAAAGGAAUGUGGUAAAUUGCUUUGGAGGGCUUUUCAAUUUGCAUUCAAGGUAUAUACAUUUGCUGGUGGACAUGAUGAUCGAGCUGACAAGCUAACAAAAGAAUUGGCUCAGGAGAUAGAAAGUGACCCGAACCAUCCAUGA